AUGGCGACGGGGACGAUGGGCCAAUGCAAGGUGGUGGUCUGCACCGCCGGCGGGCCGGCCGACGGCAUGCUCCGCACCUUCUUCGGCGGCGCGCCGAUCGUCUCGAGCCUGCGCGCGGGUCACCCGGUCGAGGUGCGCUACUCACGGGGUCCCAUGCUCGACAUGGUGGAUGCAGUGGCCGACGAGGUGGCGGCCAUCCACGCGUCGCAGCCGCCCGGCGACGUGCUGGUGUUCCUGCCGGAGAACGCCGACAUCAUCAACGCCCACGCGGAGCUGGAGCUGCUCGACCAGCCAGGACUGGCCGCUCGCUACAUCCACGACAACCUCCCGGCGGAGCUCACCGACAUCAUGCUGAACUCGCCGGUGCCCGACGGCGGGAGGAGAGUCGUGCUGGCCACCGACGUGGCCGAGACGGCCGUGCUGGUCCACGGGAUCACGUACGUCGUCGACACUGGCCUGGUGUCGGAACAGCCGUCGGCGUGGAUCUCCAAGGAGACGGCAGCUGCGCGGGCGGCGAUCGCCGGCUUCUCCGGGCCCGGGCGCUGCCACCGUCUCUACCAGAAGAAACAAUACGAUGGUUUCGACGAGCUCACCAUUCCACACAUCAGGCGAGAUGGCGCCGCCGUCAAGUUCGCGCUCAUGGUCAAGCGACACACCGCAGACGGCAUGACAGGGUUUGAGGUUUUUGACCCAGUAUUGAAGCCAGCAGUGAUGAAAAACAUCUUUGGUCAACUUGUCAACGGUGGCUACUUGGACAAGCAAGGAAAUCUGACAGACAAGGGGCGUCUUGAAGCAUACGACGAAGACUAG